GUGCGCAUGAGCAGCAAAACAUACCGAAUUAUUUUCAUAUCUUUGUUUCUCUCGUUCGCACAUUCAAUGUAAAUUCUCUUGGUGUCAUCAUCCAUUUUCGUGUGUCUCCUAUCUCUUUCUCUUUUGUUCGCACUUCAUAACGAUUGCCGUGAUAUCGUCGCGUUCAGUUCCGAAACUAUUUAUUUUUUUUAUUUUCAGUGCAUUUGAUUCGAAGUUUCGAUUAAUUUUAUUGUCUUGCCCUAUUAUCGCACAACAUAACCAAUACCAAUAUUUUUUGAGCGCACAGCGUGUAAGCAACGCUGCUUAAAUUAAAGCAUAUUUAGAUAAUAUCAGGCACAAGCAUUCAAGCCGUUUACGCUGUGAAUUCAAGAAAAUAAUCAAACAAACGACCGACCGACCGAGUGUGCGAGAGAAAGAAAAAAAGAAGAGAAACAGCAAAAUCAGCAUCAAACGUCAUUUCAAUAAAAUCCAUCCGCAGAAUUCAGGCACUAUUCAGUGAUUGUUUGGAGGCUUUGGUGUUAACUGUUGAAAGAAAAUGAACGCACAACUCUUUCGCACAAUUAACCGUUUGCCGCCAAGAAUUUUGCAUCGAUGUUACGGAACAGCAUUAUCGGAACCAUAUGAUGGGCCAAAUGUGAAAACAGCAAUUCCAGGACCAAAAUCAAAAGCAUUGAUAAGCAAGCUGAAUACAUUGCAAAAUGCUGGAUCGGUUCAAUUGUUCGCUGAUUACGAUAAAUCGCAAGGAAAUUACUUGGUCGACGUUGAUGGAAAUGUAUUGCUUGAUAUUUAUACACAAAUUUCAUCGGUUCCACUUGGCUAUAAUCAUCCUGAAUUGCUCAAUGUUUUCAAUAAUGAACAUAAUUUGAAGACAUUGGUAAAUCGUCCAGCUCUCGGUGUAUUUCCCGGUGAAGAUUGGCCAAAUCGUUUGCAAUCGGUUCUAAUGUCGGUAGCGCCCAAAGGUUUACCUAAUAUUACAACGAUGAUGUGUGGCUCAUGCUCAAAUGAAAAUGCUAUGAAAAAUAUGUUCAUUUGGUGUCGAAAAACUCAACGCGGUGAAAAUGUAUCAUUCACCGAUGCCGAACGGGAAUCGUGUAUGAUAAACUCGGCACCGGGCUCACCCGAUCUAUGUAUAUUAUCAUUUAAAGGUGCAUUCCAUGGUCGAACGAUUGGCGCAUUGGCCACAACACAUUCCAAGUAUAUUCAUAAAAUUGACAUUCCAUCAUUUGAUUGGCCAAUUGCGCCAUUUCCGCAAUACAAAUACCCAUUGGAAGAGAAUGUACGUGAAAAUGCGGCCGAAGAUGAUCGAUGUUUGGCGGCUGUUGAAGAUUUAAUUGUCAAAUACAAUAAAAAUGGUAGAUAUGUGGCCGGAAUGAUUGUUGAGCCAAUUCAAAGUGAAGGCGGAGACAAUGAAGCGUCACCCGAAUUCUUUCAACGUUUACAACGCAUCGGUAAGAAACAUGGUGUUGCAUUGCUCAUCGAUGAAGUACAAACGGGUGGUGGACCGACUGGUAAACUGUGGGCUCAUGAGCAUUUCAAUUUGGAUUCAUCGCCCGAUAUUGUGACGUUCAGCAAAAAAAUGCAAUUGGGCGGCUAUUAUCAUUCGGCCGAUCUAAAACCACCACAAGCAUAUCGUGUGUUCAAUACAUGGAUGGGAGAUCCAGGCAAAUUGUUGCUAUUGGAAACCAUUUUGAAUGUUAUCAAACGUGAUGCUCUAUUGGAGAAUGUGACACGAGUGGGUGAUAAAUUGAAAAAGGGUUUGCUUCAAGCACAAAACGAUUUUCCAGCUUUACUCAAUUCAGCACGUGGCCGUGGUACAUUUUUGGCCAUCAAUUGUCCAACAUCAGAGCUUCGUGAUGACAUUAUUAACCGUUUGAAAGCCAAAGGUGUUCAAGCUGGUGGUUGCGGUGAUAAAGCCAUUCGUUUUCGACCAGCUCUCAUUUUCCAAGAGAAACAUGCUGAUAUUUUCUUCGAUAAAUUCAAUCAAGUGCUCAAAGAAACAAAAUAGAGAGAAAAAAAUCAACGAUUUUUCUUCGCAAAAAAACAGCUAAUAUGCACACAGUGACAGCAUUCGCUAAUUGAUUUGAUUUAAUUUUCAUGCACAAAACGUUUUAACGUUAUCUUGUCUUCCAUAUACAAUAUUAAAACGCUGAAAUAAAAUGUGGCACAUUAUAUCAAAGCAAAAGUUCUAAAACUGAAUAAAAUAUCAUAUGUUUUAAACAAUUAAA